UAUUUGUCAAUCACCAACUUUUUUUCCGUCGAUGUGACGUCACACAUGAAGAAGAAAAACAUUGACCAUUUUGCUGCAGGUUAACUUCAACCAUUACCAUUUACUUAUUAGAGACUGACAGUUCUGCUUAAGAUUUCACAAGGUUACCAAUAAUGGGAGGAGCAGUGAGCACAGGUGAAGACAAUGAGGAAUUAGUGGAUAACUUAGUGGAUGCAGAGUACAUCAAAUCUCCACAUGUGGAGAAGGCAUUCCGCGCAGUGGAUAGAGCUCACUACUACCUACCAGAACACAGAGGCAACGCCUACAAAGAUCUGGCGUGGAAACAUGGGCACCUGCAUCUGUCAGCUCCGUGUAUUUACUCCGAGGUGAUGGAGUGUCUGGAUGUGAAGCCAGGGCUGUCUUUCCUGAACCUUGGCAGCGGGACUGGAUACCUCAGUACCAUGGUGGGACUCAUAUUAGGUCCCUAUGGAGUAAAUCAUGGAAUAGAGCUUCACUCAGAUGUGGUAGAAUAUGCACAAGAGAGGCUGAGAGAAUUUGCACACAAAUGUAACAACUAUGAUGGUUUUGACUUCUGUCCCCCAUCUUUUGUGGUUGGGAACUGCCUACAGCUUCCCUCCAGUUGCAAUAUGUAUGACCGAGUGUACUGCGGAGCCUCCUGUCCCCCAGAGCAUGAAAACUACAUGAAGAAUCUGAUUAAAGUCGGAGGGAUACUUGUGAUGCCACUCAAUGAUCAGCUGGUGUGCAUUACCAGGACAUCAGAGACUGUAUGGAGCUCCAAAAGUGUCAUGUCUGUCUCCUUCGCCACUCUGGUUACACCAACACAGACCGAAAAUGAUCUUGUCGUGGAACUCCCUGAGGUACAUAUUCCAGGACUUCAGGAUCUAUGUCGAGUAGACAUUAGGAAAAUAAUUCGAGAAAACAUAUAUAAUGAUCAUCCCGACUUAAAAACCAUCAAAAAGAGAAAACCGAAGAAACCUAAGAAAAGAUACUGCAGACGAAGACCAAAGAAAAUGGAUGUGCUGCCCAUGAGUAUGGGAAUGAUGAUUUUGAAUGGUUUUGAUGAAAGUGAUGAAAGUGAGGUAGAAAAAGAUGGUGAAGUGUCAGAUAACAGUGAUGAAAUGGAGGAGGAUUCUGCUGUAGAUGGGGUGUCUGAUGAGGACUGUGGAUCGGAGGAUAAAGCCUCUGCAAAGGGAACAUCUCCAAAGGUGAAGAAAAAUGGCAGACGUGCAAAAACUGACAGCGAAGAGGAGCACACAGAACCAAGAAGGAGGAGAAUGGAUGCCAGACAUGACCGAUCACUGAUUCUCGCCAGCAGAUUGCUGGAAGUCAUGAACCAGGCACAAGAAUUGGCAAGAUCUACUUCUUCCAAUAAUCAGGGGUCAUCAUCUGCUUCUGCCUUGGAGGAGAUGAGAGAGGAAGAGCCCUCCACAUCUGAACAUAGAGACAGUGAUCAUCUUUGUGAAGAUGAAGAUGAGAUCUUCAAUUCAGAACACGACAUGGAGAGUGAUAUACCAGACAAAAUUGAGUCACAAAGUCCACCAGAAAAUGGAAAUCAAAUAAAUAAUCAGGAAACAAAUGACACAAAACAAAAUUUCUCUUUGCCAAAUGAUGAAGAUGAUGAUGAAAAUAGAAUUUCUGUGAUAUCCUCAGACUCUGAACUGGAAAAUGAUGAUGUGCUGGCAAGCAUAAAUUCCAAUCUUGCUGCAAGGGAGAGAAAACAGAGGUGUAUCUCAUUGACAAGUGUGGACACCACAGCCACCUCUGGGAUAGGUUCUCUUUCAGAAGCCUCUGCCCUGGAGGAGAACAUGGAAUCUGAGAUGACAGAGAGUCUCAGUGAGAAGCUUUCACCAAGCAGCAGUAGCCAGGAGAGUGGGAGGGCUGGCCCAGCGGUAGACAGUGAAUCCGAGCCCGAGUCCAGUGUUAUACCACAGUCUGAGGACCUAUUGAAGAAGUACAUGAUUCAGAAGAUUGACACUCUUCCCCUGCCUGAGGCAUUGAAGCUCUACCUUAUGUAUUAUAGAAAUUAAAGAAGAGCCAAGCAUUGGGACAAACCAAGGUUUAUGGACACAAUUCACCUGUUAAUGCACCAGUAGAUUUGUAUAUUUUGGGACAUAUGAAGAUAUCUACACUUAUAUAUGUUGAUGCUUUUCUUGAUUACACAUGAAUAUUAAUUAAUUAAGCUUGGUGAAGCUACGAGAGAUGUUAAUUAAAUGUACAUUGAUUUGAUAUAACAUGUACAGUAGUUGUCUUGCUUUUGGAGGGAUAAUUCUCAUAUAGCUAGAUAUACAUGUUUGUGCAUUUGAUGCUACUUCUCACAAAUCACUCAGGUUGUUGUUGUUGUUCAGUUACCAUUUCUUUUCAGUGCUAAAUACAUGUUGUUACAAAUUGAAGCUUUUUUGUCUUAAUGAAAUUAAUUUUUUAAAGAUUCGUCUUAAUUUGCAGAAGGAAUUUUUUGUUUGCAAGAAUAAACUUAGAACAUCUUUAGUUUAUAGACAGGGGGAGUUUGAGAGAAGAAAUUUUGAGAGAGUAAGUGUUGUGUGCUUGAUUUCUACAGGAUUUGUGUAAAGUAUAGAUUUAUUGUAUCUUUGUAUAGAAACAUAACACACAGAAAUCUGAAUGCCGGGAAUGUUUGUAUUUUGCUGAGCACAAAGAUGGAUUGAAGUGAUGUAUCUUAUGUUUAGUGUUUCUUAAACAUGUUUGAUGAAGAAAGUACUUAAUGCAUGAUGUAUUGAAGAACUGAUUGCACGGAAUCUAGUCAUAAUUUUUUUUGGCAUGAAUGAAAUCAUUUACCAGUCAUAAUAUUGCUAUAUACAUUUAUAUUAUCUACCUUAAUUCAUGUAUUGUCUCUUGAUAUUUUCCCUGAUUGGUUCACUUUGAUUUUUUCUAUUCUGAAUUGAUUGAAACUUUAAAGGUACAGUGUAAGGGAAAAAAAAGUUUCAAUCCUUUAUCCAUUUGAUUUACUUGUAAAUAUUGUGUGGCAUGAAAGGUCUUUGAAUGCAUGGUUUUGUUUCUGUUUCUUUUUUACAAAGUUUGUAUCUAAACAGACCUUGUGCAUUUCAUGAAAUCAUAUGAUCUAAUAUUUGAUAAGUUAAUGUCAAUAUUAUCAAUGAAGUGAACUUUGCUUUAGUGCUUCUAUUUUGUUUGUACAUUAACAUUUUGUAUAUGCUUUAACAUGAUGAGACUCUCUGAGCAUGUUUAUUGCUGUCAUCUGUUACAGUAUGAAAAUUGUGAAUACAUUAGAUUUCAUUCGGAGUUCUCAAAUUGAUAUUUAUAAUAACUUGAGAAUAAAGAUUUAAAAAUCA